UAAAAAAAAAGAAAAAAAAAAAAGAGUCCCGGGGAAAAUGUCGUGAAGCGCGGCCGGCGGGGCCUGCGGCGGACAGUGACCGGGACCGGCGCCCCGCUCUUAUAUGCCCCGUCCCCUGGCGGCCGGUUCCCACUCCUGCUCCAUGUGGGGCCUGGGCCGGGCUCACGGCCUCUCCUCCUCCUCCUCCUCUUCCUCCUCCUUCUGCUACUAUGGCCCGGAAAACAGUUAGCAGGAAGCGGAAAGCGGCGGCCGCCGCCGCCGCGGCGGGGCCCGGGGGACCCCAGGGGGAGCAGUAUGGGUGGGAUCACUCAAUUCACAAAAGGAAAAGACUCGCCCCAGUAAAAAGGUCUCUGGUGUACUACCUGAAAGGUAGAGAGGUCCGGAUGCAGAAUGAGUCCAGCUAUCACCACCUGUUACACGGAUAUGCAGCCCAGCAGCUUCCCAGCCUCCUGAAGGAGAGAGAAUUCCACCUCGGAACCCUCAAUAAAGUGUUUGCCUCCCAGUGGCUGAACCACCGACAAGUGGUGUGUGGGACAAAAUGCAACACAUUGUUUGUAGUAGAUGUCCAGACUGGUCAAAUUACCAAGAUUCCUAUUCUGAAAGAUCGUGAACCUGGCAUGGUGAACCAGCAGGGAUGUGGCAUUCAUGCCAUUGAGCUCAACCCCUCGAGGACCCUCCUGGCCACAGGUGGAGACAACCCCAACAGCCUUGCAAUUUAUCGUCUGCCUACACUCGAUCCUGUCUGUGUGGGAGAUGAUGGACAUAAGGACUGGAUAUUUUCAAUUGCUUGGAUCAGUGAUACUAUGGCUGUUUCUGGUUCCCGGGAUGGUUCGAUGGGUCUCUGGGAAGUUACAGAGGAUGUGUUGUCCAAAAGUGACGCCAGGCAUAAUCUCUCUCAAGUUCCUGUCUAUGCCCACAUAACACACAGGGCUCUGAAGGAUAUCCCCAAGGAGAACACCAAUCCAGACAACUGCAAAGUCCGAGCACUGGCUUUCAACAACAAGAACAAGGAGCUGGGAGCUGUGUCCCUAGAUGGGUAUUUUCAUCUUUGGAAAGCAGAGCACACACUAUCAAAGUUGCUUUCCACAAAGUUGCCAUACUGCAGGGAGAACGUGUGUUUGGCUUAUGGUCAGGAGUGGUCAGUGUACGCAGUAGGAUCACAGGCACACGUCUCCUUUCUGGAUCCCAGGCAGCCUUCCCACAAUGUGAAAUCCGUCUGUUCCAAAGAACGAGGCAGUGGUAUUCGGUCGGUGAGCUUCUACGAGCACAUCAUCACAGUGGGGACGGGGCAAGGUUCCUUGUUGUUUUACGACAUCAGAGCCCAGAGGUUCCUGGAUGAAAAGCCCCCACGUGCCUGCUAUGGGCAGAAGCAGAAGUUAGGAGGAAGUGAAAUACUGAAGCUGACUACUGGGAAAGGCUGGCUGAAUCAUGAUGAAACCUGGAGGAAUUAUUUUUCUGACAUAAAUUUCUUCCCGAAUGCUGUUUACACCCACUGCUACGACUCGUCUGGAACAAAACUCUUUGUGGCAGGAGGACCCCUUCCAUCAGGACUUCAUGGGAAUUACGCUGGUCUCUGGAGCUAAUGAUAACUCUUUAUAAAUGGUGAUCUCUGCACAGAUUUCCACUUUUCUUUUUCCUUUUUUGUAACAGCAAAAUUGUGUAAUGCCAUUGAUUUCUGAUUUAAAUGCAAGGGGUUUUUUUGCAGUUUUCUGUUGGUCUCCAACAUUUUUGUACAUCUUUUUGAACCAGUUUUUUGCUUUAACCUCCUUGAUCCUCUAUAUGAAGGGUUUUUGAAAUACCUUUUUAUUGUACUUACUCCAAAUGACUCUUCCCCCACAUUUAGGCUAUUUUGGCCAUGUGCCCCCUCCCCUACUUUGCUGUGAGGUGGGAUUCCUUUCUUAUAGAGUAGUUGCUCCUGGGCUUUCUGUGAAAGCCAUGGGGCUGUGUGUGUGCAGGUACUUUGUGUCAGUUACAUUGCCUGGAGUGAGGACUACUUGUAAUUAAAAAAUAUUAAAAAUAUUUAUAAGAGAUAAACUACUACUUUAUCUGCAGAGCCUGGCCCUGGCCUGGGUUGAUGUUAUUUUUUAAAAGUACAAGUCUAAUGACACAGUUUAUACAUAGAUUAAUAUGGUCAUUUUAAGCUGUACUCAUUGGAGCCCAGGGGUUGAUUCCCCAGGGGUAUUGCCCAUCAAGCCCAAACUGCAGCAGUGCGGGAUGUGUCUAAAGUGCAUUUGUAUUUGAACUGUAGUUUUCAGCAAUGCCAGGACCUAAAUAUGUCUUCUGUUCCUUCUCUGCCUGUCCCAGGUGUCAGCUUGCACAACUGGACUUUGCAUAGGCUGUUUUUCGGGGUGGCUGUUGCAGGGUGACAUUGCAUUUGAGGCCUGCAGAGGUGCUGAGAGGAAAUAGGGGUUAGGGACACGAGUGUGCUUGUCAUUCAAAAGAAAAUCAUCUGUUUUCCAGAUGGGCCAAGGUUCCUGUGUAUGCUGCUGCGGUAGCUCACGGGUUCUUCAUAAACUGCCUAAAACCCAGGACCUUCUUUGUGCCAGGCUAAAAUGCAGGACUCCAGGGUACCUUCUGGCAUGCACCAAAAUCUGGGCUUGUUACUGCUGCCUCUGUCCUCUGCUGGGAUUAAUGCCUUUCCCUGCUCCUGUCACCUGUGGAGCAGGGUGUGCCUGCAUCUCACUGCUUUGGUGCCACACAGGCAGUUGGCCAAAGCUGAGGAGAAGGACGAGACUGGGGCAUGUUCUGUUCUGGGGUCUGUGCUGGAGAUCACAGCCAGCACUGCGGAGCAGCUCUAGUCCCUCACACAGUUCCUGCUCUGCGUGUGUCCUUGCAGCCCCUCUCAUCCUGGACUCAGUAUCUUCAUCAGUAACACCGAGCAGCGAGGCUCAGGCUUGAGUUCCCGUUGGUAGCAGAGACUUGGAUGGAAAUCCUGCAAGGAAUGCAGCUCCCUCUGCUAGUUAUAAACCGUGGGUUAGCAAAGGAGCUCCAAAAUUUUAGAGUUGUAAAUUGUUUUUUAAAGGUGUUGUAAUGGUGCCCGUGUUGUUCUGUGGUGGCAACAUACUGCUUUGGUCAUUCUAGGGGUUUUGAGAAGUGGAAGUAUAAAGAAAAAAACUAGGUGAAGUACGGCAGGCUGUGUAUUUCUAGGAUGACUCCUGCAGCCACUGCGUAAGAUCACUCUGUCACAGGGAACAUGUUCAGCUUAGUUCUUUUUAAUACAGGCUUGGUUUGAGGUGCUGCUUCUUUUUUUAAAGAAACUAGACACUUGAGUCUACUCGUGUAUCGUCCAAUUCUGCUGAAACAACAGUUGCUAGUUAGACACUUCGCAUCACCAGUGCCAAAGGAGGGCUCCUCGUCUGGAAAUCCUAGCCCUGAGGUUGAGCUAUUAAUUGAAGCAUAUUCCAUGUCUGGGUGAGGGGGCAGAAAAGGUAUUUUUAUGGACCGAGCUUCAGCCUCCAAACACAGAGGCUGAUUUUUCUGCAGUCUGUAGGUUACUGAAGAUGUCACCUUGGCACCCCUGGCAAGGGUGUCCCUCUCCCGAUUCUUGUCUCCUGGAGCACCACAGCGUGUGGUCCUAAAGCCUGGUAGUGUGAGCCCCCUCUUCUUCCCUUAUUUUCUGUAUGGGAAGCUUUAGAGAGCUUUCAGAAGAAUCUGGACAACGAUGUAAAAUGCCUCAAGUCUCAUGUGCUUCCAUCAGUUCUGCUUUCAGGGUGCCCUUUUGCAGAGACAAUUUCUCUUGGGGAGGGCGCCAUCCUUGUUGCUCUAUGAAAAGCCCUGCAAAAAAAGGGGAACAAACUAGAUAGCGCUGCAAGCACGCAAACAAAUUCAGCCAGAGAGAGUUUAAUUUCUAGCUUAUUCCAGUGGUUUUAAAUACUUGUAGGGAUACAGAUGUUAAGUUUCAGAAUAUUCUGUGGUUGGUCAUACGUCAGUUUGGUCCAGUCAGUGUUAGAAAUUGAGGCAGAGAAAGGUCACGAUAUUCCAACUGUCCAAAUAUAAGACAUAGGAGAAAUAAGAGGAGAAGCUAUGUUUUCUGACUUGACUUUGUUGCCCUGCUGGGCUAGACACCAGAAUUGAAAUCCAGCAUCAGGGUGAGAAAAGCAGGGGUAGGAAUGACUGUACAGCAGGGAAUUUCUGGGCUGUAGGGGUGAACUGGGUGCACCCUGUUGUUCAAAUAAGAGAUACAACCCCAUUGUGGAUGGAAUUGGGUCUGGUGACUACGCUUCUGUAGCUUGAACAGCUCACUGUGCUCUGCUGAGACCCGGUGACAGGGAUGUUUUCAGACCAUUUUCUCUUUUCCCAUGUUUCUUAAUGAUUUCUCUCCCUUGCUCUUUCCUGCCCUCCUGAAUGUUCUGUUUGGGUUUAUCCCCUCCACCCCAAAUCAUCCCAGUCUUUACUGGAGCACUAUUGAACUUGGAGAGGUGACCUCUGUCAAGCAGAAAUGGGCUGUCUGGCAUUUUGUCAAGCCAUGCUCGAGACCUUCAAUUUGCUUUAUUUUAAAACUGGGUAGACCUUUGAGACUGGCUCAGGCUGUGGAACUGGGCAGUUGUCCUUGCACGUAUUUGACUGAUAGGGGAUUACACAGUAACAGUCUGUUCCUGGGGACAAUAGACUGUUUUAUCUCACGUUGGGCACUUGAAGGGGAGAGAAGAACUUCAGUCAUAACAGACCUUGAGGCUUUUCUUGCUGUUACUGACAUUUCAGGUUUGUGGGAUCUCUCGGUGAGUGUAAGAGGCAGUUAAUGUUACUGCCCAGCUCUUUUCAGCAGACUGCCAUGUUAAUUUGGGUAUCUUUAGUUAUUACAUUUUCUGUAUUCGUAAUCAAACUAGUGACUUAAUUAUGGGUUUGGUAAUACACAGCUUGUUAAUUACUGGGUAGCAGCCCCUCAGUAACAACUGGGUAUUAUGGGAUGGACAUUGCUAAGGAAGCAGAAGCUUCUUUGCAAUGUUAGCUUGAGCACAGCAGUGAGGGUGGUGCUCACCCUCUUCACCAAACACCUUAUUCCUGGUAAUUCCUCCAGUUUUCUCCCUUGUACGGUCAAGUCAGACAGUGAGAAUUGCUGGUGCACUCCUCGUGCUGUAAACUGAGUCCGUUUGUUUGGUUCCCUCCUCAGUGCUGUUGGUGUUAGUCCAGGGUGAGUAAAUUACCAAAGAAUAGUUAAUAGGUGUUUGUUCCUAGUCUCAGUUGUUAAUUUUCCACAUAGAUUCAUUUUUGAGAUUAAUUGCAAGAGUCCCCAGUGAUCUUACUGGACUUAGUCUGUCCACAAAGGUUAUGUUCAUGUUGUGGGUGACUCUUGUGACUCCCUUUAUUGAGGGGGACUCCUGAACUUCGUUAUGGGGAUAUAUUUACUGCCUCCGUUUCAAGUCCUUGGCAGCUUUUUGUAUCUUAAGGAUUAAGAUACUUAUGUAUCACUUGUUCUUCUCCAGAAUUUCAUCCUCUUCCUUCAGCCAAGCAUUUGCUUUGUAUAUAUUUUGCAGCUGCAGAGUUAACAGAUUAAAGUUAUGAUCCAGCUAUGCGGAGUGGUGGUUUGGUGUCUUAAUUUCUGCUGAGAGGCACUUACUGACAUGUGAACUGGUGCCCCUCACCUGGUGCAGGUGUGAAAUAAAGCAGGCUUGCCUAGGCCCUUCACGGAGGUCACCUGUUUUGUUUGUUUGCAAGAAACCAAGAACAGACGGGCUGUGAAUUACUGCAUCUGGGCAAAGCAGCAGCAUCUUCCAAGCAGCCAGGUGGGAGCUCUGAGGUCUGUUUGUGGUGGUCUGAUACCCUUAUUUUCCAUAAACCCACGUUUCCAAGGUGUCUGAGAGGUUCAUAAUUAGCUUCUGCCUCAGUUGCUGCUGUGACUAAUAGCAGUAGUCUGAGCUGGGGUGCAGCUCAUUCCUAGGAGCGCGGUUGCGGAGCUGCGUGCGAUGCAGGCAGCGCUGAUCCUGUCACCAGCCCGUGCUGGCCCUGGGCUCCCACACUGGCCAGGCACAUGCUCUCCAGCUUAAAGCCAAGCUAAAAUCCCCGUGCGCACCACCGGCCACGCCACAGCCACAGCCCAUGGUGCGACCUCAACUCAAAAUGCAUUUCUGAGUGUUGCAGUGCCUUCAGUAACUUUAAAGUCUCUGAAGCACAGACAGCAGGAGUUUGUCCAGGUUGCAGACAAGGGGAAGUGGAAAGAAGACAGCACAUCUUGUCUGAACGAACCUCUCCCUUGCCUCUGCAAGCGGGCACUUUGGGGUGCGGUGAGGGUGGGCAGAGAGGCACAAGAGAAAAGGUGAAAGCCCAACGGUGUUUGGUAUUGCUCUCAGGACUCCGGAGGAAUUUAAAAACAUAGAGGGGAGAGCUCCUGAUUGCUCAGGAGGUACUUGUGAAAGGGCUUAAUCAGAAAUGUUUUCAGAGAGAUCAAGUAGAUAUCCCUGUCAUUCUUGUUUCUCCAUGCUAAUUUUCAAGGAUUUAAAUUAGGAAGUACCUUUUUGCUUGUGAUGCUGUGUUUCUUCAUCAUAACCAUGUGGUAUUUGGCUAAUCAAAAGAACGCUCUUGACAGAAAGGAAUCUUCACAGCUAAAAAUUGGGUGCCGUUUUCUAACAGCCUUUCCCGCUAGCACCCUGGUGGGAGCUGGACGCUCUGAGAAGCGCACGCAGAUCUAAAACAGGGUGCCAGGGCUGGGAAAAACAUGGGCUGCCUCACCAUUUCUGUACACAAAAAAACACCAAGUAAAACACUUGAUUGUGUACAAAUUCUGGUCAUUAGAGUGAAACCGAGAGGGUAUGUAAAAACUUUGCAACAUAGUGUGAUAUCUCUGUAGUCCUAGAUUUUAAUUCUUUGACCUAAGAACAAAAAUCUGGGAGUCAAUACAUUGUUUUCUUAGGAACUGCUUUUCUAGAUGCCCUUAUUAAAAGGGAAAAUUCAGGUGCUGAAUCUUAAAAUCUCAUUAAACUUGUACUUUUUAUUUGCCCGUUCACCUGGUCUCCUUUCCUUUUCAAGGCCUCCCACAGUCUCAGGGUAUAUAAAUCACUAUGACUCAUCCAAAUAAUACUGAAAUGGACCAACCAGAGGUUAAUGUGCCUUCCUCUUCUGGUACCUUGAUCUUUGUAAAGUUAUCUCAAACUCGUCACUGUCUUAGGGCUGGGUACAUCCAUUGUCUUUUUCUAAGAUGUACGUGUUGAAGUUGCAACAGGUUUGUACCAUUACUUGUGACCUGUUCCAUUUGUUUUAGGAUGUGGUGUAGACACAAAUCAAUGCACUGGUUUGUCUUGGGAUCAGUCUUACCUGUGACAUUUAUCCGUGCUCGCCUGUAUCUUAAUGUGUACACAAAUGCUGGAUCUUCCCCAUUGCCUAUGAUGUACUUGUAUAUGAUGCACAAACUACACAAGGUGUUUGAAAAUGUGCAGUGAUCACAACUUGUUACCUGAGGGUAGGAUGUCCUACAGUUAACUGUGUGUAAUGUUGUCGUUUGGGUGGGUUUUUUUCUUCUAUUUUUAUUUUUUUUAAAUUUUGUUUUAUUUUGUUCCCCCCACCCCCUUUUUUUUUUUCCUUUCUUUCUCCCCAAAUAUAUUUUAUAAGAUCCAAAGCCUUGAGGGGGAGAAAAAAUAUCAGGACUUGCUGAUACUUACCGGCUUUUGUUCUAGAUCCAAGGUCUGAUGUUUGUUAACAACUCUUGCAAUUCCACACAUUUAACAGAGCCAUUCUCAGCUUGCUGUUUCUGUCGUGAGCUGUGUCAGAAACAGCACUGGAUCCUGACCCGGUCACAGGAGCUGUCAAGUGAAGCAGUAACAGCUCUCUUCAAAUAUUACAGUGCACAUUUUUAACUAUAAGGUAAAACUGUUCAAAUUUAUUGAUGCAGCUUGCAAAUGGAACAGUGGGAGAUGGCAGACAGUAUGCAAAACCAGCCUGUCUGCAUGUGCAGCUUGGUUAUCAGAGUUACCUUCUGAAUUGUUUCUCCUCUCUGAAAAGUUUUCAUUUUUUUCAAUACAAAGGCUUUACAUGUUUGGCUUAAUUUUCUGAAUUGGCAAAGGAUACUUUUGUUCUUAAAGUGACAUCUGGAAUUCGGGCUGAGUUGCCAUCUCCUAUGCAGGCAAUAGAGGAUGGUGUGACAAAUACAAGAUGUCCCUUUGCAGAUGGAAGGAUCAUAAGAGCACGGAAACAGGAAUGCUUCUUCACUUGCUGUGGCCUUCAAAGGGCGCGCUUAUCCAUAAUUACCUGAAGUACAGUACUGCAUUCUGUUGAUCCAUGAGGCUAUCUUUGUUUUUAGAACCAGCACAAUUAGUUAGCAGUGUAUUGAUAUUAAUACAUGAUCAAGGAGCUCCCAUGUAUGUAUACUUCCUGUGCUAACUGUUCUCCCUGUACCCCACUGCAGACUCAGUCUGAUCUUUUGAGUUCUUGCUAACUUCGGAGUUUCUUCAAAUUCAGUGAGGUUCUGUUUUUAUCACAGUCACUUUUCAGACCAGAACAGAUCAGCUUAACUUUGUUUUGUAAUCUUUAGCACCUUCCUCUUCUCCCAUUUCUUCCUAGUUCACCUUUAAUAAUCAGUUCAAAGUUGCUUACCUAGUCUGAAAAAUAUUGAGUCAUAAUAAAAAGAAAACCUGUAGCCCACUCUGUGCUUUUACCAUGAACUCCAUUGGCUGUCUGGCUGCCUGGGAACUGGAGUCUCCACUCGUGCAGUCUACAGAAGCUGAAAUUCUCUCGCAUCCGCCUUGGGCAGCGGAUGUCAGCAGAUCAGGAAGGUUUUGAGGCUGAGUACGACCAGCGUACGUUAGAGCUGCCACCAGCCACCUCCACGUGCUGUGGAGCCGAAGGGCCUCGUCUGCAGCUCCCUCCACCUGGCUGGUUGUCGAGCCAACACGAGCUGUGUGCGCAGGGGUGUAACAGGACAGCUGGGAUUUGCAGCUUCAGUGGCUGAAAAGGUCUGGAUAAGUAACUUCAAAUGGGUUCUGUGGCUCUUGUUCAGAAUGUUGUGUCUCCAUUCCUAGCUUCUCGUCCCAGCUUCACCCCCUUUCCGCCACCCCCUGCUCCUCAGGACUCCAGUGAGUUCCCUGUUUUCUCACAGCUUAGUACUUCACGUACCAGUUCUGCAAAGCCAGGGCCACCUGUUAAAGCCCCACUGCAGUCUAAGACUUGUACGCUUGCUUAGGCAGUAACCUGCUGAACUGGGGCCUUGCAGAUGGGCUCUCUAUUCGUUUGGCUCAGCCCUGGGUAUCUCUGGUGUCCCCCUUCCAGUCUGAAGGGCUUUGCUCCAAACUCAUUUGUGCCCCAUGAAGGAGCUGAUUCAUGUAUUGCUGGCUGUUUCAGUUGGGUGGCUUUUAUUUUUCUCGUUUAUUCUGGGAUUCACUACAUAUGUAUGAAGUCCUACUGACCUGCUCUGCUCUCCUGAAUGUGGUACAGGGGCCCACCCUGUGAGGCAUCAGCUUUAUUUGUCUACUUCCAAAAUGCACAGAAACAAGGAUCUCUUAUGCAAACAAGUUUUAGGGAGGAAAAGCAGCUGCACACAAGUGGGAAGGUAUCUCUGGGUCAAAUAAGUGAGGGAACAACUUAAGAAUUUUAAAUAUAAGAACAGUAACAGUUUCUUGGCUUUUAAAAAAAAAAUGCAUUGUAAACUGGGGGUUUAUAUUCAACAAUGCAAAAUGUGCCUCUCAACUAUAAUGCAAAAGUCAGUCUCUGUUUGCAAUGGAAGUAGUUUAACUGAAGACUGAUUUAACCUGUUUCUCGCUCUUACAUGUAAUCAUCCACACAAGUCCUCGCUGGUCGUUCCCAAGCACUGUACAGCACUAUCCUUAUUUAAAAGCAAAGUGGGGAUCACAUUGAGCAGUAGAACCUGCUGAGCUUCCUUGGUUUGAGAGAGACACUGGAGAGAAGAGUCCAUGUUCCAUGUGUUUUAAAUACACCUUCAAAUGAAUGCAGCUAUUCUCUCAGAUGAGCCACUUCCUACCUUUCCCUCCAUUUAGACGGGAACCUCGGCAAUACGUGAUCCAGUUGACAUGCUGGCAGGUGGAACGUGGGCUUUUUGAAAUUCGAGGAUUAAGAUUUCUCUUGUGAAAGAACGCGGUGUGGGUGCAAGAAUUUGGAUCCCAGAUUUCAGCCCUUCUGCCAGCUUGCUAAAUGCAAUCAAGUACUCUGGACUCCUCUGCAGAAGACUGUGGUAGAAGAGCUGUGAAGCUGUAGGCUGGAACUGAUCAUUUUGGGUCGUCUGUGUGUUGCUCGACUACAUAGACAAUGGACAAUGUAACAGUGAUUUUUACAGAUUGCUUUUCAUGUGUCAGUCACAAAAAAACAAAACUCUUAAUUUGCCAUUUGGACAAAAACUGUUAAUAGAUCAAAUUAGGAGCCUACAUUUCCAUCUUGCAUUAACCGGGUUACUGUUUUCACAUGCCAGAAAGAUGUUGCUCUUUGAAAAAGCAUGUCAGUGUAUGUGGCAAUGACCCAUGCACUUUUUAAAUACCUAGAUCUGUGCGUUCUCACCUCAGUAUCGUUAACCAUGCUGUAGUCUGACAAAUGGAUCUUUUACUACUGCCCUGUUACAUAGAUAAUUGUAAUUAACUGCAGUUUGGUUUUUUUCCACUACUUGAAGUUGUGUGAUCUGAAAACUGGUGAACAAAAAGUAUUUGUGCAUCUUACUAUGGGUAUCUCUAAAUAAAAUGUAUUUGAUAGUG